GAUUCAAACUGUACGAAGGUGAGACCUCUUCGCUGAGACUCGUGUCUCUUUUGGAAGUGAUCGUCGCAUAUGGCCUUAACCCUUAGUCUGAACGCUAUCAGGGCAGCCUGUAGCUGAAUGUAGAUUUUUCACUAGUUUGUAAUCAUCAUGAACGCACCCAAUCGAUACGAGUUAUAUGUCUUGGAAGAAGGCGAGAAGCCUGUUGAAAUUAUCGAAGACACAAAGAUACCGAAUGCAGCCACAAUCAAAGUCCUGAAGCAGGACCAUACCCUUGGCAACCUAAUUCGCGCACAACUGUUGUCGAUGCCGCAAAUUUUGUUUGCCGGCUACAAGGUCCCACACCCGCUGCAGCCACACUUCCUGAUCAAGAUUCAGACAGACGGCACCAUCACGCCGACUGCUGUCCUAGAGCAAGCUUGCACAAAGCUCAUUGGUACCAUGGCGUCUCUCGAGGCGAAAUUCAAGCGGGAGUUCAGCUUUAAGGAUAUUGACGGUGCUGUGCAGGAAGAUGCGUAUGGGACAACCACCACGGCCGGUGGGCAGGCAUGGGCUGAGGGCAGAGAUUACCUGGACUUCUGAGCUUCUUUACGGACUUGGCGUUGGCUGUGGUUGUAACACUAUUUGCGCAUAAUACACUGUCGGUUUGUAUCAGUCUG